GGACCACCACCGGAACGAUCUGGGGGCACCCCCGGGUCUGGGCGGUGGGGGCCCCUGGCCCCGCCGGACGGCCCCGCUGAGCGCGGUGGUGGGGCAUCCGCCGCCGUCGGCGAGAUCAUGACGUGGCUGGACGGCUGCCCGGAGGGGUCUGUGCUGCUGGUGGCCUUCGGGAGCCAGCAGGUGCUGGCGCCGCCACAGGCGGCGGCGCUGGCUGAAGGGUUGGAGCGGAGCGGGGCGAGGUUUAUCUGGUGCGCGACGGAGGCGACGGUGGUGCCGAAGGAGUUCGAGGGGCGCGUAGCGGGUCGAGGGCUGGUCGUGCGGGGGUGGGCGCCGCAGGUGGCGAUCCUGGGACACCGGGCGGUGGCCGCGUUCUUGACUCACUGCGGGUGGAACUCAGUGCUGGAAGCUGUAACUGCGGGGGUGGCGAUGCUGACGUGGCCGAUGGGCGCGGACCAGUUCUGGAACGCAAGGCUGGUGGUGGAGGAGGCCGGGGUCGGGGUGGCGCUGUGCGACGAUGCCGACGCGGUGCCGAACGCGGACGAGUUGGCCCGCGUCGUGGCCGAGUCGCUGGGCGAGUCGGGGAAGGGGAUGAGGGAGCGCGCAAAGGAGCUGAGUCGAAGAGCUUUGGAUGCGGUAAAAGGCGGGGGAAGCUCGUACAAGGAUCUGGAGGGGUUGGUGGCCGAGCUUUCCAAGAUCCGGGUCAAAUGAAAUAUUUUGGUUGUUUUAAGCCGCCACGGUAAUUUGAAUCCUUGGGCAACCUUUUGGGAAAAUGGUACCUUCCAAUUAAGGUAAUAAAUGUUGGCUUCGCUUGCACCAGAACUUGGUUCAACCUAAGUGAUGCAGCCACAAAGUUUAAAUUAUAUAUUUUCUGCUUUUCUUAUUAUUUAUUGUGCUAAGUCGCUGUGUAGACAUCAUGCAUUGCAAAAAAUUCAUUUUGCGAAUAAUGUUAUGAGUUUCGCACAAUUCUAAAAGAAGU